UUCGAGCGCGAUACUAGACCACCGUGCGGGACCCUGCCCCACACUGGGCACGAUCCAGGCCCGCAGGAGGGCUGCACACCGUCGGGAACCAUGCGACUACGAGGAGGCUCCGUCGGCUCCGUCACCGUCAUCGUGGCGGUCUUGGGAAUCCUUGUGGGCGUCUGCGUCGAAGCGGCGCCCAACCCUGACGGGCUCACUGAAGGCCUCGACGAGGACGACGACGGCCCUGCUGGCGGCGCCGAGGGCAAGGGCUUCUUCGAACACAUCGCCUCCGCUAUCCAGAACGCCAUCGGCAACAAAAAGCCCGAAGAACCCCCUGCCCCUGCCGGACCCCAGUACCCCACCACGACCGAAGGGCCGUACACCACGACCUCGGAGCCGUACUCCACAACCGAAAAGCCGUACACCACGACUGAGGAGCCGUACUCCACGACUGGGGAGCCGUACACCACGACUGAGGAGUCGUACUCUACGACGUCAACCUCAACAACGUCGACCACCGCGUCUUACGGUUCGAAUGAGGUCGAAUGCUCCAGCUGUCCCGACGGAGGGUAUGUGUUUCCUGACUCUGGAACCACGAGCAGCGCCAGCAGCAGUUCCAGCAGUUCCAGCAGCUCCAACAGCGGCUACGGCAGCUUGAACAAUUCCAGUUCUAGCGCCGGCGACGAGGACAUCCUCGGCGUGGACUGGGAGGAUGUGUUCGGUCCCUCCAACCAGGCGGAGGUGGACGCGGCCCACGCUUAGCAGAUCACCGCCCAGUUAACUAAUAAACCUAGCCAUUCGGCCGAAACAUC